CUCCCAAACCACAAACCACAAACCAUAACCCACUCCUCCUCACAAUCGCCCUCGCGGUUCUCAACAAACCCAACAGCGACAAUGGCCCUCCACGCUCCCCGAUCACCUCUAAUAUGCCCCUCCACGCCAUCCGACCCCGGCCCCGGCCCCUCCUGUAUACCCUCCAUCGCAGUGGCAGCGGCCGCGGCGGCACAUAACCAGGCGCCGCAAUUCAUGCUAAGCUCCCUCAACUUAUCCGAUCUAUCCUCCGACCCCCUCCAACAAUUCCGGUCCUGGUACAUCUCCGCUCAGACCUCUGGCGUGGUGAGUCCCGAAACCGUGUGUUUGAGUACCGCCUCGCUACCAAGUGGACGGGUGACGAGUCGGUACGUUUAUUUGAAGGAGAUGGAUGGGCGCGGAUUCGUGGUGUACAGUAAUUGGGGGACUUCUCAAAAAUCCAAAGAUGUGGAGGCGAAUUCAUGGGUCAGCUUGGCAUUCUGGUGGAGGGAGCAAGAGCGCCAAGUCAGGAUUGAAGGACGCGUGGAGAAAAUGAGUCAGGAGGAGAGUCAGAAGUACUUCGAUACGAGAGCGAGGGGAUCGAAGAUCGGGGCGUGGGCUAGUAGGCAGAGUGGACGGAUUGAUGGGAGGGAGGUGUUGGAGGGGUGGGUGGGCGAGGUCGAGGAGAGGUUUAAGGGAGUGGAUGAGAUUCCGUGUCCGGAGUUUUGGGGUGGGGUGAGGGUCGUGCCAGAGAGGGUAGAGUUUUGGCAAGGAAGGGAGAGUAGGUUGCAUGAUCGGUUUGAGUAUGUGAGGAAGGGUGGGGAGGAGAGAGGGAAGGAGGAGGGGAGGAAGGAGGAGGGGAAGGAGGAGGGGAAGGAAGAGAAGGAGCCAGAGGUGGGAGGGGAGUGGGAUAUUGCGAGGUUGAGUCCGUAAGUUGGGCUGGGAGAAGUGUUUUAUUGGCUGGUGGUUGAAGAGUGAUAGUUAAGAGAGGAUGAGUUCUGUUUUUUUUUCAAAUGGCGAGGGAGAGGGGCCUGGAAAUAGCGAGGCUGAAUCUACGAUCAGGCGGAGAUGUCUCAAUCGGGGCGUUUUGGGAGAUAAACUCAGCUUUUUUUUUUGCAGGCAUUAACAGAAUCAGAGGAGUUACAAGCGAUGAGGAAUCUCUCAAACGUAUUCUUUAUUAUUUAUUAUCCACGUGUUACAUCAUUGUACUGGCGUCAACUGUUGUUGACGGCAACGACACCGACCGGAUUAUCUCCAGGGGGGCCGGAACAACCUAACGCCGAACUCGCUUCCGACGCCGAGAUGUGCUGAAAGGGCAAUAUGCAUCGACGAUGCUCAAGAUCCCCAAACCUCCCAGCCCCAAAAAACAUUAAUUCAC